AUGGUUGUUCCUGCUCAAUCAAAAACAAAAACAACACCAACAACUGUUGCAAAAGCAGCACCAGCUAAAAUAGCAACAGCACCAACAACUGUUGCUAAAGCACCAACAACUAAACCAAAAACAACAACACCACCACCAACAAAAACAACAGUUGCAAAAGCAGCACCAGCUAAAGUAUCAACAGCACCAACAACAACCAAACCAAAAACAUCUGAAAAACCAACAGAAAAGAAACAAGAUAAUAAAAAACAAGAUAAUAAGAAACCAGAAAUUAAGAAAAAUGAAAAUAAUAAUAAAAAACCAGAAUAUAAAAAACCAGAAAAUAAAAAUAAUGGUAAAUUUUUAAAUGAUAACAAAAAAUCAUUUAAUAAAGAAACAAAAGCAGAAUCAAGUAGAGAUACAUUUUCAAAGAAAUUCUUUGGAAAUAAAGAUAAAAAAGAAACUACUACCACUGAACCAAAAACAUCAUCAUCAUCUUUCCAAAAAAGAGAACAACCAUUUGAAAAGAAAGAAACUACUCAACCAUAUCAAAAAAAAUUUGAAAUUAAAAAAGAUAAAUCAACUACCACCGAAUCAUCUAAAGAUUCCGAUGAUAUUAAAAUUGAAAAUUCAUUUUCAAAGAAUCCAACUUUUUCAAAAGCUCAAGGUUUAUAUAAUAAAAAAGUUGAAGAAUAUCUUAUUGAUUUUAAAAAAAAUGGUUCUCGUGAUGAUCAAUGGAAAGAGAAAAUUCAACAUACUGGUACAAUUAGAGAUAGAAUUUCUGCUAUUACUCUUUUAAUUCAAAAGGCACCAAUGUAUAGAUUAGCAUCUCUUGAUAUCCUUAUAAAUCUUGCUGCUAAAAAGUCUGAAAGAGAAAGAGAAUUUGCUAUUAAUUCAUUAAAAGAUUUAUUUGUAAAUUCAUUAUUACCAAAUACAAAAUUAAAACGUUUUAUUGAAAGAGAAAAUAUUCAAGAUAGUAAACCAGUUGAAUUAGUUCAAUGGUAUUUUGAAGAUUUAUUAAAAUCUAGAUAUCAAGCAUAUAUUAGAUUAUUGGAAAUUUUAUCAAAAGAUACAGUUGCAAGAAUUCGUGCAAUUGCAACAUCAACAGUUCAAUAUUUAUUAUUGAAAAAACCAGAACAAGAAGAAGUUUUAUUAACAUUAUUAGUUAAUAAAUUGGGUGAUGAAGAUGGUAGCAAUGCAGGUAAAGCUGUUAAAUUACUCGAGAAAUUAUUAGAAGCUCAUCCAGCUAUGAAAUUAGUUGUAAUUAGAGAGAUUGAAUUAUUCUUAUACAGACCAAAUAAUUCAAAUAAAGCACAAUACAAUGCUUUAUACUAUUUAAAUAAACUUCAAGUAGCUUGUGAUAAAGAUGGCACUAGUUCAGUCGAAAUGAAAGAUAUGUCACAUCGUUUAAUUAAACUUUAUUUCACAUUUUUCACAAAUAAAUCAAAUAUUAAUUCAUCUGCCAUCACUUUAUUAAUUUUUGGUAUUAGAAAAGCUUAUUCAAUUACUAAAGAAUCUACAGUUUUUGAACCAGAACAACUUAAAUCAUUAUUUAAAUCAUGUAGAAAGAGUACAAUUAAUAAAGUUAUUCAAACUUUAUGUCUUAUUUUUGAAAUUAAACAACAUACACCAGAAAUUGCAAAUGACUUUUAUUCAAAUUUAUAUCAUACUUUAAAUAGAAUGGAGAAAUUAUCACAAUUUGAUCAAACAUCAUUUUUGAAUUUAGUAUUUAGAGCAAUUAAACAUGAUGAUAAUAUUUCAAGAUCAAUGGCAGUUUUAAAGAGAUUAAUACAAUUUUCAUUCCACCAAAUAGUUUCAUUCUCUGCUGCAACUUUAAUUUUAGUUUCAGAAUUAAUUAAAUUUAAUCCAAUUUUUGGAACAAUGAUAACUGAUAUCGAAAAAAAAUCAACUGAAGAAAAACAAGAACAAGAAGAAUCAUCAGAAUCAUUAUAUAAUCCAUUACAUCAUGAUCCAGUUCAAGCAAAUGCUCAUUUAUCAUGUCUUUGGGAGAUUACAUUAUAUUCAAUUCAUCAACAUCCAACAAUUAGUUCAAUGGCAAAUGAUCUUUUAAGAUCAAAUCCAAUUAAAUUCAAAGGUAAUCCAACUGUUUUAUUUACAUUAAGUGCUUUCCUUGAAAAAUUCGUUUUAUCAAGACAAAAGAAUAGAAAAUUAAAAAGUUCAUUAAAAGUUUCAAAAUCUAAAAUCGCUGAACAAUAUGGUAUGGAUAGUGAUAAUGAUAAUGAAGACGAAGAAGGAGAUGAUGAUAAAGAAGAUGAAUCUGAAGAAGAGGAGGAGGAAGAAGAAGAAAAACAAACUUUCACAAGACCAGAAGAACAAUUCUUAAAAACAUUUGGUGAUAUUUCAAAUGCCAGUGGUGUUAUUAAUAAAAAGAAAGGAUCAAAUGUUGUUAAAUUCGUUACUGAUAAUGAAGAAAUGGAUAAAGUUUUGGGUUAUAAAGAAGAUGAAAAUGAUUCAGAUGAAGAUUUGGAAGAUUUAGAUGCUGAAUAUAGUUAUGAAGAUUUGCAAGCUUCCGAUUUCGAUGAUGAAGAAUUUGAAUCUGAAAUUCCAAAAUCAAAAAAACCAAUUGCUCCAUCAACUAAAAAAUCAACUAAAAAUUCUCAAGAAGAUGAUGAUGAUGAUGAAGAUGAUGAAGAAUUUGAUGUUAAUGAUGAAGAAUUCGCUUCAUUAAAUAAUGAAGAAUUUUUAGAUUCCAUUCCAGAUGAUGACGAUGAUGAUGAUGAAGAUAAUGGUGAAGAUUUGGAAGAAGAUGAAGAUUUGGAAGAAGAAGACAAUGUUGAUAUUGAUGAAGAUGAAGAAGAUUUCGAUGAUGAGGAUGGUACAAAUGUCGAUACACCAGAUUUUGGUGAUGAAGAAGUUGAAGAAGAAGAAGACGAUGAUGUUCAAACUCCAGAUUUUGGUGAUGAGGAUGAUGGUGAAGAGGAUGGAGAAGGAGAAGAAGAAGAAGAUGAAGAAAAAUCAGACUUCCUUAAAUCAAUGCAAAAUAAUGAUGCUUUCAUGGAUGCUGAUGAUUUUGCUGAAAUGUUAGAAAAAUCUGGUAGUUCAAAUAGUAAAUCGUCAUACAAAAAGAAAGGUUCAAAAUCAUCUGCUGCACCACCAUCUAAAAAAUCAACUCCUUCAAAACAACCAAAGAAAUCCUCUACCUCAAAAAGAAAGAGAUUCUAA